ACCUGAAAAGGAGGAGACUGUGAGGAAAGGGGCGGGCCUAAGCGUGGGGACCCGGUUCUUUGGAAAUUGGUCAGAGGUAGGAGGGGGUGUUAAGAAGCGAUCAACUUGGAAAGUGGGCCAAUCCGUGACGCAAUUCACGGCCCCGCCUCCCGCUCCGACACUGCUUCUUUCUUCUGCUCCUUAUUGGUCCCAGGUUCUCCGCCCGCCAGAUGUCUUCGCCACUCAUCGGAGGUUUUACAAAGGCGCAAGUACGCGAUGAGGGCUGAACGCUGGAAUGAACACGGCCUGGAUUGGGCACCUGUGGAGCUUAUUUGCAUUGGAGGUCGUGAUUGGCUGACUUCCCAAGAUAGACUGGGCGGUGUCUGAACGGCGCGUGACCACCUACGGUGAUGGCCUCUCUGGGGACUGCCUUCCGCCGCCUGGGCGCCGUGUCCGGAGCUGGGGCCGUAGGCUUGGCCGCCUACGGGGCGCACGGCGCCCAGUUCCCAGAUGCCUACCGGAAGGAGCUCUAUGUCAAGGCCAACCAAUACCACUUCUUACACAGUCUGGCCCUGUUAGGGGUACCCAAUUGCAGAAAACCCCUCUGGGCCGGAUUACUACUAGCCUCUGGAACCACUUUAUUCUGUGCCAGUUUCUACUGCUACGGCCUGACUGGAAACCCUACCGUCCAGAGUUUGGCCCCUGUGGGGGGAAGCCUGCUAAUCUUGGGCUGGCUUGCCUUGGCAUUUUGAACUUUCUUGUUUUUUAUUUCUGGGUGAUUUUUUGGGAACUGGAAUAGGAGGGAAUUAAAAGUGAAAGGCAAAAUAAAAA